GCUGCAUUUUCGGUGCAAAUUUGACGUAAUUAUGGUUGCUAAUUAUUUCAUAAAUGGAAAACGAUAAGACUGCCAUCUAGCGUGCACUUCUUGAAAUACUGACAUACUUUUCCAUUAUUGUCGAAUAGAUAGAUGUCACCAUCGGUCACCAAUAUUCAUGCCAAUUGCAAAUAUUUUCGAAAUUUGAGCCGAUGUAUUCACUCUAAAAUUAUCCAUUAAUUUACGAUUUCUUGUCCAAGAUUUUAUUCAACCUUAUUUCUCUCAAAUGUAUUUUCGGUAUUGCUAUGUUCAAAUCUGGAAUUGAGGUUAUUUCUGUCAAAAUGUUGAAGUUUUUUAUAAAUACUGUUUCCCCAAUUUGGUUCCGAAAGAUUUCCUCAAUUCGAAAGAUGAUAAUAUGUUCGACUGGGCUAGUAAUCAUGAGGAAUUAUAUAAAGUAUGCACUCUAUUCAACAUGACAGAAAUUGCGAAUCCAAGAAGAUUCUCCUAUAAAUCAUUGAAAGGAUAUAUCCAAGAAGGUCCCCAAUGUGGCCUAGUUGCCUUAGCUAUAGCUUGUGAAAAUCCGAAUAAGGAAUUCGUUGAAAGCAUUUACGAGUAUGCUAAAGAACAAAAAUAUACAUAUAAUGGAGAGAUAUUCAGCAGCAGUUAUAUGGAAAAAUUGACUAUCUUUUUCUUGAAGAACAAAUAUGAUACUCACGUCUACUAUGGAGAGUUAAAUAGUAUCAAAACGAAAGAACACCUUCUUACUGGAGGUCUUAUUCUAGUACCUUAUGAUACAGAUAAAAAUAAUAGUCCGGGCUUGUAUAAUGGACACAAAGCCCAUUGGGCUGUUAUCUGCGGAGCUAUUGAAACCAAUAAUGACUUUUAUGUGAUAGCACGCCAUGGAAAAGCAAAAAAUAUAGCCAUAUGGGCACUUGAGGAUCUUUCCAUCAGUAAUAUGCAGUUGAAUGAAUUUGCUCCAGAUAGAAAAAAUUCCAAUCUUGAGUACAGGAUACCAGAAGGAGGUUUGAAUGGAAGUUGUGGGUUGAGGAACACUUCAGUUUUCUUAAAUAAAAUAUGAUCAAUAAAGCAAUCAGUCAAUAUCAUCAAAUAUUCUGAAGAAAUAAAUGUAUUUGAAUUUUUGUGCGAGAGGUAGAGAAGCAAAAAAUAAAUGAUAUAUAAUAAAGAUGGUGUAUAUUUGCA